AUGACGUCGCGCUCGUGGGAAGAGAUCCGGAAUUGUGCGCGGGCGACGGAGCACACGCUCGAGGACAAAAUCACGACCUAUAUUUCAUUGAUCAGACCAAAAGUACGGCAGACGGUCAUUUCUAAUAUUGAGGAAGAGAGUGUUAAUGAGAGGAAAUUGAUGCUAGAUAUUGAGAACGGAUUAUCAAAGCUCUCAGACACGAUCGACGAGAUGACUGUCGUGGUAAAUAAAUCAUCCAUAAAGGCACAGGACGCCAUAUUAAAGCGCUACCGAGAAAUAUAUUUCGACCUUAACACAAAAUUUCGUCGCUCCAUGAGCUCGUUGCAAGAAAAACGUGAUGCACAAAGUUUAUUUGGAGACAGAGUAUACAGUGGUGUUCCGGAAGAUGCUGAGAUGAAUUCGUUAUUAAAUGAGCGCCGAACUGUAGACUCGACACGCUCCAUGACCAGCAUUGUUAUUGAGCAGGCCAUGGCAACAAAAAACGCGCUCGAAAACCAACGCCGGUAUUUCACAUCGUCUCGCGGUAAAGUUUCGACGGUGGCCAGCUCUUUUACUGGAAUAAAUACGCUUGUCGAACAAAUUCGUCGCAAGAAGAUGCGAAACAACAUCAUUAUUGCUGUAGUGAUCGCAGGUAACUUCCAUGUAGACAGCCACUCGAGAAAACGCAGCGAAAGAUUAAAGCCUGUACAGAAUUUGACCAACAUGGGAAGUCGUGGAGUCUCGCUGCUGGUGCGCAACAUUAGCCACCGUUUGAAACCCGAAGACCUUCGCAAGGAAUUUGAGCGCUAUGGGGAGGUGCGUGACGUAUACAUCCCUAAAAACUUCCACACCAAAGAACCAAAGGGGUUUGCAUUCGUUGAGUUUUGCAGCGAACGUGAAGCCGAUGACGCACGGCGUAAUUUAGAUGGCAUUCGCAUUGAUGGCCGUGAUCUUCGUGUGGUGUUUGCCCAAGAGCGGCGAAAAUCAACGGACCAAAUGCGCGAGCGCGAAAGAAUGGAAAGGCGUGGGGAGCGCCGACACUCGCGCUCGAGGUCUCCGCGCCGCCGUCCAGCACGUGGGCGAUCUCGUUCUCGCUCUUAUGACCGUCGGGCUCCGGUUAGGCGCUCAUCGCGUUCGCGUUCUCCUGCUAAGGCUCGAUCUCGUUCUCGUUCACGUUUGCGGUCUCGUUCGCGAAUUCCGUCGAUCAUGCGCUCACCUCUUGCUAAAGAGUCACCGCGCCGGUCUUUGUCACCUCGCCGAUCGACAUCGCCGGCAGCACGUUCCUCAUCGCCUUCACCGCACCGAUUGAAAGACCGUUCUUACUCGCUUUCACCUCGCGUUGAGGAUGACCACCGCUCCACUGGCUAA